AUGGUCAUUGUCGCACGGCGACAGGUUUCGGCCGUGCAGAAACAUACAUUGCACAGCGUCAGGAGGGCCAAACAACAUUCCGCGAAUCACGCAGUCACUGGUAAAGGGGAAGAUGUAUCUAGCUACGUAUUCCAGGCCCUGACACGCCAGGCUGCUAGCAGCACGACGUAUACGGCUGGCAACCCGCCGGCUGGUCAAGCCGUGCGCAAAAAAAACGGCACAGGGGCUGCUCAAGCAAAGCAUCAAACGGGUAUCGAACAUGGCCCCUCAACACCGGGUACAAAUCCCGAAGGCGACGAUGGAGACUCCAGCGCGUGUUCAUCUCCGAGGAGCCGCGAUGCAGCCGUCCACGCUGACGACGUCUCCAACCGCCAAAGGGGGGCAUGGGUCUUCCCCGCCGAGGCCCUGCGCGGGUGCCAACCUAGCCGACCGCUGCUCCAGCAGCGCGACCCGUGGCACAGCAGAAACUGA